UCAGGUACCUUCUGGCUUGUUACAGGGACCGGCUAUGGAGAAGUGGAGCUUAAUGACAAUUACUGUCUUACUGGCACUUACUGUUCGCUGGGCUGUUUCGCUUGGUUCUUACUCAGGUGCAGGAAAGCCACCUAUGUAUGGAGACUAUGAAGCUCAGAGACACUGGCAAGAAGUUACUUACAAUUUACCCAUCAGGCAGUGGUACUUCAAUACAAGUGAUAACAACCUACUGUACUGGGGCCUUGAUUAUCCACCUCUGACUGCCUAUCACAGUUUUCUUUGUGCUUACAUUGCAAAGUUAAUAAAUCCUGAUUGGAUUGCUCUGCACACAUCUCGGGGGUAUGAGAGUCAGCCACAUAAGUUAUUUAUGCGCACAACAGUGUUUGCUGCUGAUUUGCUGGUUUACAUUCCUGCAGUUAUUUUAUAUUGUUUUUCCUUGAAGGAAACCUCUACUAAAAAGAAGGUUUCCAGUGCCCUCUGCAUACUGCUUUACCCAGGCCUCAUUCUUAUUGACCACGGACACUUCCAGUAUCCUUGUUUGAGCCUUGGCUUUGCCUUGUGGGGUGUACUUUUUUUGUCUUAUGACUGGGACCUUUUGGGGUCAGUGGCAUUUUGCUUGGCCUUAAAUUACAAGCAAAUGGAACUCUACCAUUCUCUGCCCUUCUUUUGCUAUUUACUUGGAAAGUGCUUCAAGAAGGGACUGAAAGGAAAGGGGUUGGUUUUGUUAGCUAAGAUAGUAGGGACAGUGGUGGCUUCCUUUGCUGUCUGCUGGCUCCCCUUCUGUACCGACAUGGAGCAAAUCAUGCAAGUACUCAGAAGACUCUUUNNNAUUGACCGAGGCUUGUUUGAGGAUAAAGUAGCCAAUAUUUGGUGCAGUCUAAGUGUUCUUAUAAAGAUAAAGAAUAUAAUAUCACCUCAAACUCAGCUAAAACUCAGUUUUGCUGUAACAUUCCUGAGCCUCCUUCCUACUUGUGUAAAACUAACCAUCCAGCCUUCUCUCCGAGGGUUUAAAUUUGCUUUGGUGAGUUGUGCAUUGUCAUUUUUCCUGUUCUCCUUUCAAGUACAUGAAAAAUCUAUCCUUCUAGUGUCAGUACCAGUCUGCUUGAUCAUAAAUGAAAUCCCUUUUAUGGCUACCUGGUUUUUACUGGUGUCAACUUUCAGUAUGUUGCCCCUCCUGCGGAAGGACAGGCUGCUGCUGCCCUACACUGUGACCAUGCUGGCCUUCCUCUCCGCCUGCCUGGCUUCCUUUUCCAUCUUUGAGAAGACCUCAGCAGAGGACCUACAGCUGAAACCCUUAACCCUUUCCCUGAAGGGAUACGUUUCUUGGUUUAAGUCCUUUCCCAAGAUUGUCAGGAGCUUGUUCCUUUUCUCCAUAACCCUGAUGGCCACCCUGUCUCUAAUGAGUGCUGCAGUGCAUCCUCCACAGAGGUUUCCAGAUUUAUUCCCUGUAGCUGUGUCUGUUCUUUCCUGCUUACACUUUUUAUUAUUUUUGGUGUAUUUUAAUGUUGUUAUACUCUGGGACUCAAAGAAUAGUAGAAGUAUGAAGAAAAUCAGUUAA